GCACUGUGCAGCACAGGAUUGUUGUGGGUCAGUGGGCCGCGGAGAGUGUGUGGGACAGAGGUGGGAGUAGGUACGGCAGCGACCAGAUUGAUACCUGGGAACCAGGCCGCAUCGAGACGAGAGGGAUAUGGACUCGGAGCCACAGUUCAAUGAACAUAGAUCCGUCGUCCUUUUAGAGUUAAACAGUAUUCUGUCCACCACUCGGAAUCUGGUGUGUGAGCUCAAAACGCUGGUAGCUUUGACAGACCGAGAAGAAGGAAAACUAGUCCAGUCUCAGAACAAAGCUGUGAGCUCCCUGGACAUCUGGAAGCAACUGUUUGCUGCAGUGCCACCUGAAGACGACAUCCCAUUAUUGCAAUAAAAUGGCUGACGGAGAAACCAACAUUAUUUCCACGGAUGUCUUGCUUCUAAAAGAUCUUGAUCAUGAAACCAGGUUACCUAGUGAUACUGUAUCACUCAGUGACACUGACUCGGAGACCAAUCUGCAGUCAUUCAAUUCUUUGUCACCUCUUAGUGAAUCUGAUCCAGACUCCUGGUCCCCAGAUGAUUCACUUACUGAUGGGGUUGAACCACAGUGUGACUACAUGUCAAAUCACUCUUUAUCUACUGUUGGAAACAGCCCUCCAUUGCAACUGUUUCAGCUUCGGGGAACUAGUUCCGGCUUCUCUUUGCGUAGUCAGAAUAUAUUCAAUGGUUUAGAAAAUGUAGUAAAAUUUGAUGCACCUCAGCCCAGGGACAACAGCAUAAUUGAUGGAGAAUUUAAGCUUCCACCAAAUCCAGCUCCUCAGAGAAAAGUGACAGGGGUGUCCCCUCCAGGAAAUCAGAGCAAUCCUUUCUCAAAGAAGCAGGUUACUGGGGAGCCUCCCAAAGGAAAGCAGAGCAGUAACUCAUAUAAAAAAGCACAGUCUGUCCCAGACUACCUUCUCCAUCCGGAACGCUGGACCAAGUAUAGCCUGGAGGAUGUUCCUGAAACUAGCAGUAAGAAGAAUACAGCAGUGGCAUUCGAGUUCAUGGACAGCUUGAAGAAACAGCGAAAAGAAAAAUCUGCAGUGGACCUAGAUGAAAGCUUCACUUCCUCUUUUAGUCAGGAGUCUGAUAGUGUUUCUGGAAAAAUUCUAUUCUCCAAGCCAUCGAAACCAACAAGCAGCAGGGUAGAUGAUGUAGACAGGACAGAGCAGGAAGGUCAUGGUGUGGUCAGGAAGCUGGCAAAGUUGGCAGGACUGAAUCCAGAGGACCCUGGGCAGGUGGAUUUGGCACAUCUAGAUUAUGGUGAAAUUAAGGAAGUGGAAGAUGUGCAAACAUGGUGGCAUGAAAAAUAUGCAGAGGAACCAGCAAAGGAUGGGAAACAAGGGACUACCGGGGAGAAGGUGCAUGAAUCAGUGAUAUUUCAUAGUGGAAGAAAGAGGAACCGAAUGAACAUUCGAGUGAAACCUGGUAAAGGCAGUGAAGAUGACUAAUGUUGAGUUAGUUUGAUCCCAAGGCUGUUCGUGUUUUUGAAUAGAUUAUUUUAAAAUCAUUAUUUAGCUGAAUCUUAUGUCUACAGCUGCAGUUACUUUGGCUGGAUGCCUGUGUUUAACAUUUUGCAGUUAAUUAUAUUAAACUGAAGGAUGGCUGGGGAAGAGCAGUUUAGUGUUUUGGAUGAGUUAAAGCUUGAUGGGAAGGCAAAAGUGCAAGUAGUGAACUAUAGUGAAGGUAAAAUGUAUACCAUUUAAUAAAGACUUUUUGUUAUCUUUUAAA